GAUGGUAUACGGAUGUGCCAGUUACCUUGAAGGAUAAAGAAAAUAAGACUGUUAUAGUUAUUGGAAAUUUUGUUCAUAUUGAUAAUGGAGAAUCUAAACAAACACUAUUUUUAGGCAUGUCAAAUAUUCGAAAAGUUCAAAAUAUUCUUGAUCCAAAUAAUAACCAAUUUCAUAUAAAUAUUCAUGGUAAGUCUUAUAUAAUUCCAACAUUCAGCAAGGUCCCAGUAGUGAAAGAUCCACCAAAAGAGACAGAGAUCGCAGAGACAUUGCAUUCCGAUGAAUUGGAAACUCAAGACUCUAACUCUUUAUCUAAAAUAAUAGGAUACUAUAAUAGUUUACUUGAACAAUAUGAAGCUAAAGCCUAA